AUGUUCCCUGUGUUCUCUCCUCCAGAGGCGACGGACCAGGGCGUCGGGCGGCGUGAGAUCAAGUCCGUCCCGUUCAUCAGCUUCCUGUCGACGCUGCAGAAGAGCCAGCUGCUGGCGGGCGACGCGGCGGCCGGCGUGGACAUCCGCUGCGAGGACAAGGGCAGCUGCCAGGCCGGCUGCCACCUCUGCCAUCGCCAGGCCGGCGGCGUUGCCACGGCGACGGCGGGGAGGAGCCGCGGCGGCAACAGGGGCGGAGACCAGCCGUCCCCCGUCCCCGUCCUCCUGGAGGUCAGCAGGGUCGUCCCCCUUUACAGCCUCGUCCAGGACAACGUCACCAGAGAGGCCUUCAAGAGCGCCACCAUGAGCUCGUACUGGUGCGCCGGGAAGGGCGACGUCAUCGACAACUGGUGUCGCUGCGACCUGAGCGCCUUCAGCAAGGACGGAUUCCCCAACUGCAGUCCGCUCCGGCAGCCCGUGCUGCGUCUGGCCCCCCACCUGGAGCCGUCCAGCACCACCGUGGCCCUGGACUGGCCCGACGUGGAGCCGCUGAUCGGCUGCAGGAUUUCCGACUACGUCAUCCAGCAGAAGAAGGUGGAGGAUCCGACGGAGGCCGAAGUCUACACCGGUGAGGUUCUGAGCUUGAUGGACGACCUGUUCUCCGGUCUGAGUUCAUCCUGCGUUGUUGCCGGGAAGAGGAGUGGAGAUCAUCCCCAUUCUGUUCUCUACACGGUGGUCUUCAAGUGCCUGGAGCCCGACAGCCUCUACAAAUUCACCCUCCACGCCGUGGACAGCCGAGGCAGCAGCUCCGAGUCGAGCUUCGUCUCCGUACGAACAUCCUGUCCGGUGGUGGACGACAGUCGGGCUGAAGAGAUGGCGGACCGAGUGUACAACCUGUACAACGGCUACACCAGCGGGAAGGAGCAGCAGCUGGCCUACAACAUGCUGACGGAGAUCCCCGCCCCGCUGCUGUACCGGGUCCAGCACCACUACAACUCCCACUACGACAAGUUCGGAGACUUCGUCUGGCGCAGCGAGGACGAGCUCGGCCCCCGGAAAGCCAACCUGAUCCUGCGGCGGGUGGAGAGGAUCAGCCUGUACUGCCGCUCGCUGCUGCGCAGCAGCUACAUCCAGAGUCGCACCGACACCCUGGCCUACGUCUACUGCCGGAGCGAGGAGGGCCGGCCGCCCGGAAACUCGUGGCACGGCUCCAUCCACGACCGACGCACCAUGUGCAUGGAGAAGCUCAUCUCUGUCCAGCGCAACACAUACAGCAACAACAAACUCCGAUGAAACAGGAGACGACGAGAGUUUCCUCUUCUUCUUCUUCUUAUUAUUAUUAUUUUGGUUCCUGCAAAAUGACAUCACUGAUGGAUGAACCCCUUUGGUUCUGCAGCAAGUGUCUCUUACUGAUGCCAGGAGAGCCUAAGAAAUUCACCGGACGUUCUG